CAGUGGAUAACCGUAAGGAUUAAAAAAAAUCUAUAUAAUAUAAUGCAAUGCUGAAAAUAUAUAUCUGUAGUGAUUGAACUGUGUAAUAUCAUUGGAAUGUGAAGACUUAUAAUGUAUUAAAAUCAGUCAGAAUGACUGUAUUUACUAUUCACAAGACCUGCCCAGGUAGUUGAGUGCAUAUUAGGUGCUCUGCAUCUUAUUCUGACAGUAAAAUAAGCUAGUUUCUAGCAUUAAACUGUAAAAAUAUGUAACCAGUAGGUUCAUUGAUAUUUACAAUGCAUGCGAUCAAAGAGACCAGUGAGGAGGCUAGCUCAAUCCCCCAACUGCGCCAGACCACUUUCUGGUCAAGUGACUAGCUCCGAGUCACAGGGUAAGCAAACAGAGCCCGGGAGUAUUAAACCCUGGACUACAGAAAGCAUCUCAUUAACAGGUCGCAGCCUUAGUCAUCUGCGCUAACUAUCGGAUCAUUUCGAAGCAGUGCAAGUCAAGACAGAAGAAACGUACUGCACUGAUCCAAACUGAUAACACAUAAAAGUGAAAUGCACGCGCGCGCACACACGUGUAGCGCGCGCUUGUAACUAUGUGUUGCCCGUCAUGCCUCUAAGAAGUGUCUCAUCCUAAGUAGUCAGAGGUUUACAUAUGUAUUUACUCAUUCAUUCCUGUUUAGACACGUAAAGAAACAACUAAAACAUCGCUGCCCAGUGUAUGCAUUUAUUAGCUUACUGACUCAGUGAAGUCAUUUGUUUAAUUAGUCUAAUCUCUUUCAAACUGGAUAAAAUCCAAGCGUGCCCACCAGGAUAAAUUAAUACGCUAAAACACUCAGUGAACAAGCACUGCACAGUAUCUGCUUAAAAGACUAAUGGUAAAGCCAGGCUCUGGAGUCUGCAUACCUUAGCUCUGCAUAACAGCAGAGGUGAUUACUACGUUACUACUGAAAACGCAUGUGUGACAUUAAAAUGGUACUUUCAAUAAAGGCAAUUCGUGUUUUACUAGGGUAAAAUAUUAUUUUAAUUUAGGGCAGAAGUCACACUGUAGAUCUUUUAGAACAUGCUGCAAAGUUUUUUUUAAUAAUCCCCUCACAAAACCGUCGUUUUAGAUAGAUAACUUGGUGGAGACAUGUUAGACGCUAGUUUACAUAAGCAUAUAUAUUUACAUGUGUACAUCUAACGUGUAUACUGUUAAAUUGCUUACAAACCCUUCUGUAGCAGUCAUAAGUGAUCUUCCUCCCCGAGUGGGAGGGACCUUCAUUACGCAAACUGGGUCUCACAUGUCCAGUUGUCAACCAAUGGUGUCAACUUUUGGUUUUAACUAUGUUUAAUGUCAGAUAGCAAUAAAGUAGAAGCUCUUGGUCAGGCCCGCGGAAAUGGGCGAGCAUAAUCUGCUUAAUCCUGGAUUUGUGGGACCUUUGGUAAACAUUCAUACAGGAGACACUUUUUAUUUUCCAAAUUUUAGACCGUCUGGAGGACAACUGCAUGGUUUGCCACCCCUGUCUUACCCAAGAGGAGAAAACGUUUGCUCGCUGCCUUGGACAUCCUCAGAGCCCUGCAAUGGAUACCCCCAACCUUACCUUAGCAACCACGUCUCAAUUAACCCCUCUUUUGGCAGAACUUGUGAUAUGACCAGAACAGAUGAAAGUAAGUGCUACUACAGAGAAACGUCGUGUGAAAAUUCAAAUAUAAAACGAGGAGACAGAGACAGGAACAAUUCUUUGCCGCAUUCUGAGGUUGGGAUUCCCAACGAAACAGCUGGUAGUUUUUCUAAGUACGAGUAUUUGAAUGCUGACAACAUACCCCAAGAUCCUCCAUCAUGCCAGUCUCUGGAAUCGGACUCAAAUUCUUCAUUAAUAAAUGAAGGAAUCAAACAUUCUUCCAGAGAACCAAUUGUUUCUCCUGCCAUGAAUCAUGGAAACAACCUACAAAGUGGAGGUGCAGCCUGGUACCCGAUGGUUACACGAUCCCGGAAGAAGCGCAAACCGUACUCUAAACUGCAGUUAGCAGAGCUAGAGGGGGAGUUCAUGGUCAACGAAUUCAUUACUCGUCAGAGAAGAAGGGAGCUCUCAGACCGGCUCAAUCUCAGUGACCAGCAGGUGAAGAUAUGGUUUCAGAAUCGCAGGAUGAAAAAGAAAAGACUCCUUCUUAGGGAGCAAGCACUGUCAUUCUUCUGAACCCAUCUUAAAUGUUCAUUGGAUGGCUAUAAUAGUAAUCAUUGGUCCUCUUUGCAUAGCAAGUAGCCCGUGGGCCUCAUUUUCAGUAUCAGAGGUCUAUCGUCAUUAAGAGAUGCAUGCAGUGUGACAAAUAAGUCUCAGUAAAGGUGGUGCAUUUGAGAGGAACGCAGUCUUAAGAAUGUAAACAAAUAACGUUUCACAGCAUUCCUGGCAGUUACAGUGUAAAGAUGAUUCUGGAUGUUAUGUGUUUUCUCCAGAGUAGUUAAAGUUGAGUAUGCCACAGGGCAGACCAAAAUCCCCCUACCAUUUCAGUAUUUUAACCAUGUGAAUAUUAUGGAUGUGUGUAUUCGAGAAAGUCACAAAGUUCGACAUUGGCAAAUUCAGCAUAGACUGUUGCUUACUUGUCUCGACUAUGGAGUAUGAAUGCUAUUUGUAUAUUAUAACUAUUCUGAGAUGACAUAUUGGAUAUAGUUAAUUGUAUGACCUACAUAGCACUGUGGACCAGAAAACAGACGAGCAGAGUUCUGGAAUUGUUGGCAUUGUCCUGAGCGGUCCAGUAGUGUUGCAGACAUUUCUAAGAUGUACUAAAUUACUUUAAAUAUAGCUAAUUAAAAAAGAAGCGUCCCACCAAGAACACACACACACACACACACACACACUUUGUCUUAUCAAGAAACAUCUCUCCAUGUUCUCAAUAGUGGAUGUAUCUUCGUAUUACUUACUUUAAAAUAAGUUUGUUGUGACGUUUGCUUUCAGAAUUUAUGUUCUUUAUUUAUAUGGUGUCCUUUUGUGGUAAAUGUAAACUGAAUUACUCGUUACCUUUGGAAAUUUUUAACAUUUUCACCAAUAAAGACAACAGAA